UAGAUGAAAGUGUAGAUAGUACUUUUUGUUCACAAAUAGAUACUUCAUGCUGUAUCACUUUAAGAAUAGACAGUUUAUAUCUCUAUUCACAGAAGCGUCAAAUAUUUGUUACGACAUCAUCUUUGCAAAACAUCGAGAAAAGACAAAAUAGUCAAAAAUCAACGAAGAUCGAGCCACAGAUCAAGGAAAUUGUUAGUAAUGAAGAGGACGAAUCUUCCUCAGAAGAUAGUACUAAUGAAGAAGCAUCAGUUAAUGAUUUCAAUCAAUUUGAAGGAGAAAUCAAUAAAGCAUCAUAUACUAAAGAGAUGUUAUCUACGAAGCCUAUAGUUAAAAAUUCAGCAAACAAAGUUUCACAUACAAAUAUCCAUACGGAGACCCAAAUAUUAAGUAUGGUGACAAUGAAUUCACGUGUUGUAGCUGCGACUAUGUUAUCUUCAAAGCCUAUAGUUAAAAAUUUAGCAAACAAAGUUUCACAUACAAAUAUCUAUAUGGAGACCCAACCAUUGAGUAUGGUGACAACAGAUUUAUGUGUUACAGCUGUGACUUCUCCAUCUGAUAUAAAGCUACAUGUUAACAAUUUUACAUAUUUAAUAGACAAUGAAACCUUUGAAUAUGACUCACCUCAAUCAAUUAUCACAAAGCUUCUUGACACAUCUAAUGAAUUCGAAAUCGCACUAUGGAUGGCACAGCAUCCAAGAACUCUAAAUUUAGCUACACUAAUUCAUAAUGCAAUAAGAACCCAAGCAUCAACUAUUAAUAACAAUAACAAGUUGCUCUUUAAUACUGUUCAAUCAUGCAACUCUUUACUAAAUGCUCCAGAAAUUAAUACUAGUCAAUCAUGUAACUCUAUGCUAAAUAUUCCAGAACAUACGAAACUUCUUUUACUGGAAGAGUGCAAAGCACUCUUCCUUUAUACAAGGAACAACAUGACUAAGUUAUACGAGGAGUUAAUUUCACAAGAAUGUAAAAUUACAAAAAUUGAUUGUCAUAUGCUAGCAUUGUUUAAAAAAAAAGAAACACUUCAUUUACAUCUAAAAGGCACUGAUCUGAUAGUAUUAAAAAAAGAUAUAGAAAUGCUCAAAAAGCUCGACAUCUUUGUAUUUAAGGCAGUCAAAGCUGUGAUUAUUGCUAUAGCAAAUAAUCAAGAUACGCGAAUUGUGAUUCAGGAAUGUGAUGAGUAUACAAUCAAUUUAAAAAUUCCAACAAAACUUGAAGUAGUAAAAUCACUACCAGUUAGAGACCUUUUGAGUCGAUAA